AUGCCUCCAGAGUCGGGCACUAGUCUGGGAAAGCCAGAACUUGCCUCAGGUGCCCCACAGUUUUUCACCUGGGAGGAGAUAGGACUCCGCACAGGCAAGGGAGAAUUCAAGGAGGAGAGAUGGCUGGUAAUCCGAAGGAAGAUCUAUGAUAUCAGCCAAUUCCAUUUGCGACACCCUGGAGGAACCCGUGUCAUCAGCCAUUAUGCAGGACAAGAUGCCACGGUGAGAGUUUGUAGUGGGGCCUGGGGACCCAGAGCAUUUGGGAAGAACCAUAGCUUAAUGGCCAAACAUCUGCUUUGUAUGCAUGAUGUCCCGGGUUCAAUCUUGGUACUGCCUAUUAUCUCAGUGGAUUUCAAGUAGGAGACAUAGAAAAGGUACAGUAUCUGCCUGGUUCCCUGGAGAACCACUGCCAGGCAAAAUGGACAGGACUGGGUGAGAUGGGCAAUGGUUAGACUUAAUUUAAGGCAGCCUCAGAUGAUCAUAUGAUAUGGCGCUUACUUGCCAACGUUGUAUAAUAUAUGAGGGUGCUAAAAAGAUUUAGACUAAGGGAAGAAGCAUCUGAAGGGACAGAAAAGGAAAUUCCAGAAGUCGCAGGCUAUUCAGAAAAGAAUUUGGGUUGUAUCUGGGAAUGGAUGGAUGGAUGAAGCAAGAGUCUGCAACUCCUCUUUCAGACAUGGAAAUGGGGCAAAUAGUAGAUUAGAACCUUAUAUAAUGUUAGCCUGCUUAAAUCCCACAGCAUUUCAAUCCCAGGGGAUUUAAGCAGCCUAAUAAUGUGUGAGAUGGCAACCUUAAGCUUCAAAGCGUCUUCCGGGUUUCUCCGUCCUGCACCAGUCGCGGACUGUGGGCCGGGGGGGAGGGGUGGCAUUAUUAAUCCGGGAAGAUUGUCCUUUCAGGGCUCUACCAUCGCCAUCGAUCCCCGGCAUUGAAUGUGUUGGUCUAGUGUGGGGCUCCAAGGAGAGCUUGGCUGUCUGGCUGGUGUACCGGCCACCUGGUGCACCAGCAGCCACCCUGUCAGGCCUAUUGGAGGGGGAGCCGGUUGAAGCUAAAUCCUUCGAAGACAGAGGUCCUGUGGCUGGGACGGGACGAUAUGGGAUUGGGGCGGCAACUCCCAUCUCUUGCGGGGGCGCAAUUAGUGCCAGCACCGUCUGUUAAGAGUUUGGGUGUAAUCUUUGACACCAUGGAGGCGCAGACUGCAGCUACAACAAAGGCGGCAUUUUUCCAUCUCCGCCAAGCUAAGCAGUUGCCUCGUUACCUCUCUUGCCCUGACCUAGCCACUGUGAUCCACGCGACGGUCACCUCCAGACUGGAUUAUUGUAACUCGCUCUAUGUGGGGUUGCCCUUGAGACUGACCCAGAAACUCCAGCGGGUGCAGAAUGCUGCAGCGAGACUCCUUACGGGGUCUUCGCUGCGAGAUCACAUUCACCCGGUGCUAUACCAGCUGCACUGGCUCCCGGUGGAGUACAGGAUCAGGUUUAAGGUGCUGGUUUUAACCUUUAGAGCCCUAUACGGCCUAGGACCCUCGUACCUACGGGACCGCCUCUCCUGGUAUGCCCCACAGAGAAACUUACGGUCUUCAAAUAAAAACAUCUUGAAGGUCCCAGGCCACAGAGAAGUUAGGCUGGCCUCAACUAGAGCCAGGGCUUUUUCGGCCGUGGCUCCGAUCUGGUGGAACACUCUGUCACAAGAGACCAGGGCCUUGCGGGACUUGACAUCUUUCUGCAGGGCCUGCAAGACAGAGCUGUUCCACCAGGCCUUUGGCCAGGGCACAGCCUGACUCCUUCCCUCGGCAAUCUUCGCGGAGCUCUGGCCCAAUGGUUGCCAGUGGCUUGAAUUAAUUAAUUUUAUAAUGAAUGAUUUUAGAGUGUUGUUUGUGCUGUACUUUUGUACUGUUUUAUUGUUGUUAGCCGCCCUGAGCCCGGCUUUGGCUGGGGAGGGCGGGAUAUAAAUAAAAUUUAUUAUUAUUAUUAUUAUUCAAAAAAUGCUUGCUCAGAAGCACCACCUAAAUUUUGUCUGGGUGAUAUUCAAGUGGAUUUGAGGGGUUUUCCUCAGACAAAAUAUCAAUAACGCUGGGGAGCCUUGAGGAAUUUCAGAAACAUCAGUGAGAUCUCUCAGGUUUGGGUGUGUGGGUGGGUGUGGUUUCUUAUUAAGUUAUGCUUAGGAUUUCAUACAGUGGUGCCCCGCAAGACGAAUGCCUCGCAAGACGGAAAACUCGCUAGACGAAAGGGUUUUCCGUUUUUUGAGCUGCUUCGCAAGACGAAUUUCCCUACGGGCUUGCUUCACAAGACGAAAAACGAAAACGUCUUGCAAGUUUGUUUCCUUUUUUUUAACACCGUUAAUACAGUUGCGACUUGACUUCGAGGAGCAAUUCAUAGAACGCGGUGUGGUAGCCUUUUUUGAGGUUUUUGAAGACUUUGGUGAUUUUUGAAGCUUUUCCAAAACUUCUUUUAAACUUUUAAAACUUUUUUGGGGGGGUUUUGGAUUUUGGGUUGGGGUGUUUGGAAUUCAAGGACUUGGUGUUGGGGAGGGGUUUGCAAGAAUCUGGAAGCUUGUGUGGUUUUUUCUGCAUUUUUAUGAUUUUCUGUGACCAUUGGGCCACUCUGCUGUUUUGUUAAAAAAGUCUGGAUUUGAAUUUCUGUGUGGUGGGUGGCUGGGGGUACAGUUGAGGAGGGGUUCUUCAGCAAGAAGCAAAGAGUGGAAGAGGAACCUUCUUCGAGUUGUCCCCAGAGUCUUAGAAAAUGUACUGUACACUUUGUUGAUUUUUAAAUGUUUUUCUGUCAUGUUUAGAAACUUAAUUUAUUGUUCCUUCAAUUUUUGAAAUGCUCUUUACAGUAUGUGUGACUUUAAAGAGCACUUAAUAAACUCUUGUUGUACCAAAUUUGGCUUUGUUUGGACUUUUUUUGACCAUAGGAACGCAUUAAUUGAAUUUCAAUGCAUUCCUAUGGGAUUUCGUGCUUUGCAAGACGAAAAAUUCGCUAGACGAAAAAACUCGCGGAAUGAAUUAAUUUCGUCUUGCGAGGCACCACUGUAUUUCUCUAUUUGCACAGCCUUAUACUCUCACAAUAGCUUCCCAACCAAAUUCAUUCAGUGGUGUUUUCAGUGAAGUUGAAAUUCAUAAAGCACUGCCUAUGAUCAAGGGUAGCCUAAGAAAAGGCUAUUUGGGCGGCAUUCAGCUAAGCUUUACUCAGGGUAGACCCAAUGAAAUUAAUGAACGUGACUAGUUAGGUAAAUUCAUUUUAGUGGGUCUACUUGGUGAGUUUGAAAGAAAACUUGUUUUCAUUGAGCAUUCUUGGUAAGGGGCAUAAUUUAUGUCUUUUCAUCUGCAGCUUGUUUUUUUUAUAAAAAAAAUAAAUCCAAUAAAGCAGGAAAAUGAAUGGGGAUACCUUGAUGAAUUAAAGUUAGCACUGAUAACAUUUUACUUGGUUCGUGGUAUGCAGCACACCUUUGAAAUUAAUCUCAAAAGAAAUAACUAAUAGUUUAUUUCUGUUGCUAAAACGAUGAGCAUUAUAACAACUAAAAAUAGCAUUCAUGUUGGAAAUGGCAUAGCACCUGGACAUGACCUAGAUGUUUCUUAUUUCUAUGAUGCUUUUCAUUCAAAUGAAUCUCAAAGUGGAUUACAAACAAUAAAAAGCCAAUGACAUAAUAGAACGCCACAAAUACAGCAUAAAACACAAAAUUAACAAAUCAUCAAUAAAACAAUUACACGCUAUAAAACACUAUUCAAAAAGCAGCAACUAAGAAAUAAGCUAAGCAUCACAAUUACAUCAGAAAUCAUUAUCUAAUUAUUAUGUGCAACCUAGAAGCUUGUUCUGUGGCCCUUGCUAAACUGUCUGUGCCUGCCAAUAAUGUCUUGCUUUUGGAAUCAUGCCUACCUUUGGCUGGCUCUGCUGUGUUUGACCCGACUUUGUCUCAUGACUCUGGUUAUUGGACCAUGCCCACACUUGGAUUGCCUCACUAUGCUUGAUGAUCCACUGAAUUAAAUAGGAACUAUGCAAUUGUUCCCUUGUUCGGACUAGCAGGCAAGCAAGCUCUAUACAUUUUUAUAGAGAAAAAGGUGUGCCACACGACUUGUUCUGGCCUAUGUAUUCUUAACAUUGACUCACUGCUGGUCUAGCUGGAUCAGAGUUCUUCUUCUCCUCUGUAGAUCACUUGUAGCCGAGUAAGACUGUCUUCCAUGAACACGGUCUUAACAGUGAGUCCGUAAGUGACUGUGGAGGCCAAUUCUGGAUCCACAUGUCCUUCCACAGUGGGGACAUAGGUUUCUGGGAGGGAGUUGAUCAUGGUGUGGAUUUGCCAAGUGUGCCUUCCUUUUAGCAUGUUUCUCCCUUGCGACCAGAGUUUGAGUGUCUUCAAAGCCCAUGACACCUUUGGUAACGGCUGUUCUCCAGUUGGAGUGCUCACAGGCCAGUGUUUCCCAGUUGUCAGUGUUUAUACUACAUUUUUAAAGAUUUACCUUGAGAGAGUCUUUAAACCUCUUUUGUUGACCACCAGCACGCUUUCUAUUUUAAGUUCGGAAUAGAGUAGUUGCUUUGGAAAAUGAUAAUCAGGCAUCUGAACAACAUGACCAGUCCAACAAAGUUAAUGUUGAAGGAUCGUUGCUUCGACUCUGGUGAUCUUUGCUUCUUCUAGUACACUGGCAUUAGUUUGCCUGUCUUCCCAGUUGACGUGUACAAUUUUUCAGCUAUACUGUUGAUGGAAUAUUUCGAAGGAGUUGGAGAUGGCGUUUAUAAGUGGUCCAUGUUUCACAAGCAUACAGUAAGGCUGGUAGUAAAAUAGCUUUGUAAACAAGCGUUUUGGUUUCCCUGUGAAUGUCCCAGUCCUCAAACACUCUGCACUUCAUUUGGGAGAAAGCUGCACUCACAGAGCUCAGGCGAUGCUGGUUUUGACAUCAAUGUUGGUCCUUGUGGAAAGAUAACUGCCCAGGUAGGUGAAGUGAUCAUUGAGUUGGAUUUGUGGUGCCGCAGAGGGGUUGUUUUGUGCUUGUUGGUGCAGCACUUUGGUUGUUGUUUUUUUGGAUGUUGAGCAAUAGGCCAAGCUUUUUGUAAGCUUCUGUGAAGAUAUUUAGGAUGGUUUGGAUUUCAUCCUCUGAGUCUACAUGCAACACGUUGUCAUCAGCAUACUGAAGCUCUAUGACAGAAGUUACAGUAACCUUACUCUUUGCUUUCAGCCUGCUCAGAUUAAAGAGCUUUCCAUCUGUUUGAUAUAUGAUUUCUACUCCAGAGGGAGUACAACUUUUAAGAGUUUUUAGAUUUGAGUUAUGGUGCACAGAACAAGUCUGUCACUGACUGAUGCUCCUCAGAUGCCAGGAUCAAAAAUGGUUGCCACCAGUGCAUCUUUUUUUGUGGGUACUCAAGUGUAUAUACCCUUUUUCUAGAAGAAAAGCACUAAUUAAAAAUGUGGCACUUGCUUAACAACUUCAUGGUGAGUGCUGGCACCCUUUCUCUAGAAGAAAAGGACUAAUUGCAACCUGUUCAUCAUGUUUAGGGACAAUUGAGCUAUUAUGACCAAUAACUGUUGCUACAACUCCCCUCCAACCAUUUAUCUGAAUAGCUUCCAAAACAAUUUAAACCAGAAGUCAUCAGGUUGUCUUUUUCCCUCUGCAUCUUUGAGGAUGGUAGAAAAGAUGAAGAAUGUGACCAUUAGUAGUCCUCGUGUUUAAGUUCCUUUCACUCAGGCCAAGUGGGAAGGUUGAAAGCAGUUCACUUGCAGUCCACAGGGCAGGGCAAACCGGAAUGGAGAAGAAAAUCUAAGUCCCCUGAAAGAGAUAUUCUCCUCCACACAAUUCCCAAAUGCAGAGCGCCACAGCCACACAGGACCAUGACAGUCAGUCAUGCACAAACUCCCACAACAAGAAUCUCGUCACAGCACAUGAGGAAAUGCCCUAACUACAUCUCUGGCUUCUGGGGUCUUCCCAGCAUUGCACCAGACUCUGCUUUUCUCAGCCAUGCAAACCAAAUCAGUGGAGGACCUGGCUUGGAUGAGCUUGAGAGACCCAGCAUAUAUCUGAGUACACCAGAAGGCAAACUUCAGUACCCCAGCAACUUUGAAACAGAACUAUGUUGCUUGUGAACUGCACGAGAAAAUCAAUAUGCUGUACUCCUUUUUGAGAAGUCAUCUGAAUAAGAAAAGUAUUGUAUUUUUUUCAAGCUGUAAAGAGGUUCAGUAUUUGUUUAGAGUCUUUUGCCAUCUUCGACCCCGGCUCUCUAUACUGGCUCUUUGGGGGCAAGCAGCAGCACAUGAAUAGAAUGGAAGUCUACACUGAUUUUGUGGCAAGAAAUCAGCAGUUGUCUUUGCUACGGAUCUUGCGGCUCGGGGGCUUGAUUUCCCUGCUGUGAAUUCGGUCAUUCAGUUUGACUGUCCAGAGGACACAAAUACUCACAUUCACAGAGUUGGCAGAAGAGCCUGGUACAAAGAAGGUGAGGAAACUCUCCCUGUGCUGCUUUCUUUGGAGGAAAAGUUUUACUCCCUUAAAUCCGCCUCUGCUGGAUGUUCAGGGGUGAGAGUGCAAAAAUGCAGCUGGUUAAUUUUAGAAGCUGGAGUUAGUGGUCUUACUUUGGGUGGUGGGGAGAGGGGGUUUUAGACAGCCAUCCUUUAAUGGAUCCACCCACACCCAGUUCUAACUCUGUUUGAGAGAGAAUAAGAUCGAAAGAGUAUAGCGUAGGGUGUGUGUGAUAAUCUUGAGAUAGCCAUCACCCCUCAUUACUUCUCUGGACAUCUCCCUGUUUCACCUUUAAGAGAGAGUCAGAGACAGAAUGGUGUGGCUCUGGCCCUAACUAUUGCUGAUAUGCCAGCCCAGAAACAAAUGUCCCCAAGGGAAUGCAGAAGAAAAAAAGCAUUUCCCAACUGUUAUCUUUACCCUAGUCUUGGAGUGCUUGGACUUACGGAAUGAUAACAGCAGCACACCCACGCUUGAGAGAGGGAGGUAUCAGCAAACUCAGGAAACUCAAGUGGGGGGGGGGAGAGAAUUGUGUGGGGAACCACUAAUGAGAACCAGCACCAGUGGGGAAAUUCUGUAUGGAGUGGCCUUCAUAUGUGCCUUAUUUGACUUAACAGUGAACGGGUGAAAUGUAUGUCACUCCCAAAUGUGUCACUGGGAUUUUCUUUCAUCAUACAUCUGCAAGAGGGAAUUGCCCAAAGUUACACAUCCCCCAGGCAAAAUUCUCAGUAUGUUGUCCUUUCUUAAGCUUCUCUUUAUUUUUUUCACCUACUUUACCUCCAUUCUCAUUUCUCUCAGUCUUUCACAACAGUUCCUCCCCCUCAUUUUACUGCUGCUUCUCCCCCCACCCCUCACUGGCCCACGGAGGUCCUGUUACUUCCCCUUCCAAAUGUCAAGUCGUAUCUCCUUCCUUGUUCAGAAUUUGUAUUUAUUUAUUUAAUAAAAAUUAUACACCACUUGACUGUUUUUUUAAAAUAAAAAACCCUGAUUGUAUCUCCCUCCCCUCUCUUGACUCCCAAUCCCAGCUGUCCAAUGAACUGUAAUUCCAAAAUCACCCAUCAGCCUGCAUCACUGAGACUAUCGGCCCUCAAGGAAGAGAACCAUCCAGCACCUUGUAUCAUUUGUUGCGGAGCUCAAAACAAACUUCCCAGAAUAUCAGCUCCAUCACUUCAGCAUAGCAGCCUCCUCUGUUUUACACCCUAUUUUGUUCUCUCUGUGGUUUUAGGAUGCUUUCACCGCUUUCCACAAGGAUGAGGACUUAGUCGAGAAAUACCUGAGCCCCCUACUAAUUGGGGAGCUGGCACCUGAUCAACCCAGCUGUGAACCAACCAAAAAUGUGAGUUUCCCUCGCAACUUUCUUUUAAGGAUAUGUGGUGUGGCCAGCCUCAAGACAUUUUGCUGCCUGGGAGGAAGGAUAAGAUGGCACCCUCUCCAUUACACAUACUGAAUAUUGCUGGUCUGGAAUCUGACCCAUAGCUUCAGUGCUGGUGAUGCUGGUGUCAGGACAGUGUCCAUCUUCACACCUGUGACCAGCAGGCUAUCUUAAAGGGCAGAGAGUAGGCUACAUGACAUACACAGUUUUGUCUUCUGAUAAAGGGGAGUUGCUGGGGGACUUAGGAGGAAAUACGGGGGUCUGGUACUGCCCUCCCUCACCAACUCUGUCUAAUGGUAGGAAUAACGCUGUAUAUAACAAAUACAGGAAAUAAAUAGUAGCUUGCAACUACAAUUCUGUAACAUGCUUAGCACAUGUUCUAGUUGUGGCACCUAACUGGGUGUAGGACUCCCUUUGUGACCCUAUAACCUUGCUCUCAACAUCUUAAGGAAUUGUGUCCUAGAGAUCACUGAAGAAUAGAAAACACACACUGGGCAUGUGAUUUUUCAUGAUGCUGCAGAAGCUCAGUAUUUCAAGUUAUUAGAAUGUAGCCAGCUGUUCUUUUGCAGACAAUCCAAGCUACAAAGACGCCCACCCCUAUGGAGAAUCUGCUUGCUACAGCUUCCUCUUCAUCCCUCAUUGAAAUGAAGAUGGGGAGAUAGUGGAGAUGGGAUUGUUUGCUUUUUUAACCUGUCCCUGGUUAGACACUGAGCUAAAGGUGAUCCCCUGGUCUCACAGUCCCCCUGCUGGCUGGGUGCCUUCCAGAGUAUGUUUCUAUGAGUAAGUCUGUUCCACACGCAGUCUGCAUCAUACAUAACCACAGAUAAGAGAUAUUAACUUUAGGCACCUCUCACAGGCAAUGCUGGUCAAUGAUUUUCAUGAGCUGCGCACCACAGUGAAGAGGAUGGGACUCCUACAACCCUGUUUUCUCUUCUUCGGCUUCAUGUUUCUACAUGCUUUCCUGCUAGAUACUGCAUCCUGGCUGACUAUCUGGUAUUUUGGAGUAUCUUGGGUGCCCUUCCUUGUUGGUGUGGCACUGUUCACCGUUGCACAGGUAAUGUAUUUGUCUCAUGAAGAUCUCUGGGGUGUUUCUCAGCACCUCCAGGACUAAUGAACUGCUUUAUGAUUCAUAGCAUUCUCCCUAGCCACAAUGCUGGAAUUUUAUUGUGUCAGUGGAAUUCCAGCCUCUUUGUUGGCGUUCUGGUCAGUAAAUUAGCACUGAUGCUCCUGAGUUUAUUGUGUAAAGCAGCAGCAGAAUUCUUCACCAUUUCUCAAAUAUAUGGUGCCAUACUGCAGAGACAGCUCAGACGCGUGGGUGAUGUGAGUUGGAUGGAGAAUGCGAAAGAACACUAGUGAUUGUGCACAUGGGCAUGGAACCAUGGAGGACGGGCACAAUUUGAUUGCUUCCAUGGGGAAUUUUGUGCACCACCUAGUCAGUAUGCAUCGUCUCCCUACUAGGGAUAGGGGUGGAAUUCAGUUCAGUUCACAUUUAAAAGCGAACCAACCAAAUCUGCACUUUUCUAAAUAAUACACAAACUGAAACACAACCUUCAUUCAAAAUUCACACUCCCACGCUGGCCUCCAGUUCCUCGCAAGCUGCGUGCACCACCUGCUCCGCAAAGGGAACUAUGCGGAAUGGGUCAGUGCAGGAGCCCCCAUUUACUGGCUGCAGUGCUGGAGGAACAUACAUUACAUACAACCAGUGCUUUUUUUCUAGGGGGGACACAGGGGAACGCACACCCCUAAACAUUUUGUGAAUCUUUGUCCAUUUACUGUAUUUAUUUUUCCUGAUUUGGACUAUAAAAUGGUAAUUUUCUUGAGUCAAAAUGAGAGUACCCCUAAACAUUUUUUAAAGAAAAAAGCACUGCAUACAACAAUGUGUAUAUUAGAAGCAAUUCACGCUUAAAAUUCCCCCUUUUUUACCCUAAGUGAUAUAUAAAUGUGGAGAACUGAACAUUAGAGAAAUGAAAAACUGAGAUAAGCUGAAAUUGACAAAUUCACCCAUCUCUAGUCUCCACUUUAACACUAUACAUAUAGAUAGCAAGGCCAGACAAUGAGUAAGAGGUGACCUUAUGAAGCGUCCAGUUGUGUGUGUGUGUGUGUGUGUGUGUGUGUGUGUGUGUGUGUGGUGUAGGCAAAAUAUCACAUCACAUUAUCCUAGUGUUGCUUUUUGCCUUCCAGAUCCAGUAUGGAUUUUUACAGCAUGAUCUUGGGCAUCUUUCAGUCUUUCAGAAGGCCAAGUGGAACAGACCGUUUCACUUCAUUGUGAUGGGAAUAUGUAAGGUAAAAUGAUAUGCAAAUGGAUAAACUGACAAUGUCCCAAUAGCAGUGCCCUCUUUGCACUUCGCUGGGGGAAGAAGGACCAUUUCUUGGGCUUGUCUGGUGUGAUGAUAACAAGGAUAAUGAAAAUAGCGUUGAAGAUAUUAUGUUUCAAGCAUUCAGUGUGCUUCAGAUACGGGAUCUCACUCAUUCCUACAACAACUCUAUUAGUCCAUACUCAGGGGGCAAAGUGAUGAAAAGCAUGGUUUAAGGCUUAGUGGCUUCAUGUGGCUUCAUGGUUUAAGGCUGUCUUAGUGGCUUCAUGAUUUUGGUAAGAUUUGAACAGCUUGCUACACAACACCAGCUGUUGGGGCUAAAAGUCUCAGGUGAAGGACUAUGGCAACUCUUUCCCCUCACUCUGGCAGUAAGGGGGCUCUUUAGAAUACCUCAGUUCAUCAUGGCUAAAGAAUAAUUUGGGUACUACCUAGCAGUGGAUCCUGGUUCACUAGGAAGUAAAGAACAAAUAAAGUCAAGGUACUAAAUAAGCACUACGUAUCUCUGUAACAUAGAUAUCGUCUUAAAACGUUACAAGAGUCUUUGGCCAAUAGAAUACACUGUUUCAUACCACCCUAAUCUCUGAGCGGUGCAAGAUUCCGUGAUUUCAGGCACUUACUCAGGGUUCAUGUUUCCAUUUGGAAAUGAGGCACAACAGAGACUGUGUUGUCUUUAGGAUAUAUGGUUUAUUUACACACAUGUAUAUAUAACCUGAGUCUACAAUGGAGGGGUUCACAGCAUUAGCAUCACAAGAGGGUCUUGUUUCUUCCAUAGCCACAGCCUUGGAUUCAGCAUGGCUCGCUCGCUCUCUCCUUGCUGCUUUGCUUCUAGGUCAUAUCACUGCAAACUCCACUCUAAACUCAGGCCUUGUCCUUCUAACUAACCAUGAGUUUGCUGUCUUGCAUAGAGCCCCUUUCCUUUGUUUCCCUUAAUGGCCCGUCAGCCAGUCGAUCACCUCAACACAGGAAGCUGGUCUGGCUUAUAUUUAAAAACUUGCAGGAUCCAGGGAGCACACAGCCAUCUAGGCCCAGCAGUGAGUGAGUUGGCAGUAGGCCAGGCCAGGGAGAUGCUCUUCUGAUGUGAAGAGAGCCAUUACAGAUCUGGAGUCUUCUGUAAGGACAUACAUUCAGCUGAGUGAGAUAGAUGGCACAUCCUUCUUACUUCCAAAGUGAAACAAUGUAAUGCAAUGUGUUUUUAAUGUUCUACGCUGCUCUGGGAUCUUCUGAUAAAGGGAGGUAUAUAAAUCGAAUAAACAACAACAAUGGGGGAGGGUUUUUCCUCCCUCACACACAUUAUUAUUUAGGAUCAGAGAGUGAAUUUUGAACGCUUGCCUUUAGAUUGAAAUAUCAGAACUUAAUAGUAACUGAACAUGGCAGGAGAUGAACUCACAUGUGAUGGUAGGAAAUGGGAGGGUACAGGAUGGUAAAGUUGUAUCAUGUGCCCCUGUUUUUGUUUUUUUAAAAAUCAGCUGUAGUUGAGCAAAUGUAUACACCUAGAUUUAUUAAUCUCUUAUAUUGUGCAAUCUUUAUACAGCAGGAAUGAGUACAGUAUGUAGCUCUACCCACGAAUUAAUGGUAUAUAUGCUGUUUUCAUUAUGUAUGAAGGGUGGACCACCAAGCCAAUGGAAUUAUAUGCAUAACCAGCAUCAUGCCAAACCUAACUGCUUCCGCAAGGACCCUGAUCUCAAUAUGCACCCAUUUUUGUUCAGCCUGGGAAAGGCACUCUCUGUGGAGGUGAGCAGAAGAACUGGGAGUGACACAAAUCAUAGAAAAGGGAACACCAUGUUAACAGAAUCCAUACUCUUAGUGAGCAACCUGGGAAGAAAGGAAGCAUGCCAUCUCCAGGACACAGCUUUAGUGCUCCUUCCUGCAGCUGAUGUUGUUGAUGGGCUGUUUAUACCAUUAGAUUAGUUUCUUAUUUUCCUUAUUUCUAGAUGGCAUCUGUUCUGCUCAUGACAGGCUGGAGCGGGAGUGCAGAAAUGGAUAUAGCCUUCUGGCCAUCCCUCCACAUAUCCCUUUGACAGGCCAAGCUGUUGGUCACCUGAUGGCAGGUGACAGCAGGUGAUUUAAAGUUUCAGCUGUGGCUGAAGGAAGAAAGAUUCUUCCUUUGUGUCCCUGGAUUCAAGCCACAGCUGCAAAGUCGUAAGGAUGAAACGUCACGUGCUUUGAGGUUUGCCCAGAACUGCUUAACAAGCCAACCUCUGAGGCCUGGUGGGCUCAAUGGUGGAGAAACUCUGGCCUGUAGGCUCCCAAAAUAGGGUGCCAUCACUGAGAAGACCCUACUAUGUAUAAUGUCUCCUCCCCAAUUGUACUCAUUAGAGCUAACACAAGGAUCCCUAUUGUAAUGAAUGGAAGUUGGCACUCAGAAAGUUUAUAUAUGGUUGUCAGCUUAACCAUGUUGCUUCUCCUCUCCAUCUGCAGCUUGGCAAGAAGAAAAAGAAAUACAUGCCUUACCAGCACCAGCACAUAUACUUCGCCCGUGAGUGUCCCUGCCAUUUUAUUAUAAUUAUAAUCAUAAUAAUAUAUUAUUUAUACCCCGCCCAUCUAGCUGGGUUUCUCCAGCUACUCUGGGCAGCUCCCAACAGAAUAUUAAAACACAAUAAAACAUCAAACAUUAAAAACUUCCUUAAACAGGGUUGCCUUCAGAUGUCUUCUAAAAGUCAAAUAGAUGUUUGUUUCCUUGACAUCUGAUGGGAGGACGUUCCACAGGGAGAGCACCACUACCAAGAAGGCCCUCUGCCUGGUUCCCUAUAAUCUUAGUUAUCAUAGUGAGGGAACCGCCAGAAGGCUCCAGGAGAUGGACCUCAGGAGUAUGGAUCUGGAAAUUGCAACCUUUAGUAAAGCCAUGCCUUGUGGAUAAGAACAAUGGCAUUAUUAUUGGGUGGCAUAAAUUUUUUUGACAAAAGUUUUAGAUGGAUGAUUUGAUGAAAAUAUGGAAUUCUAUUUUAAGUUAUUGUUAUUGUAUUAUUAUUAUUAUUAUUAUUAUUAUUAUAUACUACUAUUACUACUACUAUUUGGCCAGUAUGACCAGAGAUGGAUAGAAAGAUAGGCUGUAUUGAGUUUGGGUGAUUUACAUCUUUGUAAUGUUCUUGUUUUCUGAUUUCACUAGUUUUGGCCCCGUUGACCUUCGUUUUAUACGUCCAGUUUGCUGUAUUGCGUUUCGCAUUUCAAAGGAAAAAAUGGCGGGUAAGUCACCUGCAUAUUUGCAGUGGUUUCUCCUCUGGAUAAGUCUGUUUGGGGAGGGGUAUAAGAGAGAGCAGGAACAGUGGCAGUAUGCAGGGAGCGGGGAGAAAGGUAGGGUCCUGACACUUCCUUUCACUCUCUGGUGCUAUUGUAUGCUGCUGUGCAGUGAGCUAAGGCAACUGGGAAGACGUCGUUCUCUGUAUACCUUGGAAGAUCUACCAGUACAUCUCCUAUGAGGCAGCUAUGGGCCUGUUGACUAUGUAAUGCAUCAGGACACCAGAGAAAUAGGGGAAGAGGCAGAUCUCCCUCCUCUGCAUUCCAUGUUGCUCCUGCUGUCAUGGGCUGGUAAUGCUUUAGGGCAGGGGUAGGCAACUUAAGGCCCGGGGGCCGGAUGCAGCCCAAUCGCCUUCUCAAUCUGGCCAGUGAAUGGUCUGGGAAUCAGCGUGUUUUUACAUGAGUAGAAUGUGUGCUUUUAUUUAAAGCAUCUCUGGGUUAUUUGUGGGGCAUAGGAAUUCGUUCAUCCCCCCCCCAAAUAAAUACAGUCCAGCCCAUUACAUGAUCUGAGGGACGGUGGACCAGCCCACGGCUGAAAAAGGUUGCUGACCCCUGCUUUAGGGGGAAGUGGUAAGAUCUGGAGGAUGGUGGGGAGGGUGGGUGAGAAUAUGGGAAUUCUUCUCUGGCUUUGAGUUUGAGUUUUAUCUGAGUUUGAGAAUAACUUCUGGUGCCUGAAGAUAAUAAUAAUAAUAAUAAUAAUAAUAAUAAUAAUAAUAAUAAUUUAUUAUUUAUACCCAGCCCAUCUGGCUAGGUUUCCCCAGCCACUCUGGGCAGCUUCCAACAAAAUCUUAAAAUACAAUAGUCUAUUAAACAUUAAAAGCUUCCUUAAACAACCUCUGAAUCUUAUAUCUGAGCCUGAGAUUAGUGAGCUUCACUGGGAUCUCUGAUUUGAACACCCUCCUAACAAAAAGCUUGGGUGACAUCAGCAGAUGAGAAGGAUAAAAUCCCUUCAAUGAAUUAUUCCGGGAAUUCUUUUCACUUUGAAGAGAAAUGUAGCUUCCUGUAGAAAAUCUACCUGGCCCAUCAGAUUCAAUCUUGUCCCAUCUUGACCAUUACUGAUCCCCUUCAGGUCCUUUGCUUUUUUCACGACAGCAUCCCUGGAUGUUUUCAUGCAUGCAAACAGUGCUCUUCAUCCAUAUUUCAUUAUGGCCUUUGUGAUCUCCAUAGUUGUUGCAUACAGUUAGUAGAUCUGAAAUGAAGGACCUGGCAACUGUUUUCUAACCUAUUUUCCCCCCCGUGGCAGGAGUUUGCUUUCAUGAUGCUUUACAAUGUCCGCGUCUGUCUCAUGUAUAUUCCUUUAAUGGGAUUUAAGAGCUUCAUGGCAUACUACUGGUUGGCCAGGUAAUAGUUCUUCUACAGGCUUUCCUUAAUUUAUGAGCUGUGUGUUCAGAAUACAUGCUCUCUUCAUGUAGAAACUGGCUCCUACAUAUGUCAAACCCUCAUACCACAAUGACACAAAGGCAGCCCAGGAAAGUGCCUCACAGGAGAGACUGUGCCUCCUCUAGUGGUUACUCUAAACAGGUGGUUUCUAGAUGCCCCCACAGCCACCCAUGGACCAACUGAAAAUUGUUGAGUGUCUUUGAGGACCACUUAAUGAAUAUUCUGCCUGUUGUAGUAAUUGUAAUACACUGUGUGAGAUGCCGAAUGGUUUUUAAUUUCAUUUUUACAGUCAUGUUGCAAACCACCUGACUGAAGCUUAUGGACCACUGUUCGGAAACCCCUGCUCUAAAUGGCUUUUGGUCUCAUGUAGGGUUGAGAAACCAGUGGGCCUCUGGAUGUUACUGGACUCCAACUCCCAUCAUUCCAUGCUGGUUGAGGCUCAUGGGAGUUAGAGUCCAACAGCAUGUGGUGAGCUACAGGUUUCUCAUUCCUGAUCUAGUGAUUUCAAAGCAAAAUAAAAAGAAGGGUUGUGGCCUCUAUGUGUUUACCUUUAGCUUAUCUGGAUGGUGAUUGUUAGUGUUGUUGCUUGUCUGCCUAGGUUCCUAGAAAGCUCUUGGUUUCUCUGGAUCUCGCAGAUGAACCACAUUCCAAUGAACAUUAACUAUGACCAGAAUUUAGACUGGGUGUCUGCCCAGGUAAGAUAACUACUGCUUUUAUCUUCAUCUUUCUUUCAUAUAACAAGCUCAUUCCUGAAUAUAUUUGGGCACAGGGAAGGAGACACCUAACAAAUCACAUCAGCUAAAGGAUUUUGGCUUGUACAAUGAGGCUUUCCCAUUCCACCCACCCCACAUCUCCUGAAAUUGGCUCCAGGGGGCUGGGAACAGUGGGCUGGCAGCUGGAGAAGAGGGGAGAUUAUUCCAUUUGGCAAGCCGCAAUGCUUGUGCAAACAGAAUGUUUGGAAGAGCAUCAUGCUGAAGUCCACUCUUAGUAUCGUAUAUUGUUGUAAUCUGCCCUGGAACCUUAGGAUGAAGGGUGGGUUAAUAUUAAUAAUACGGGCAACUCUCAAUGUUUCCGGGGUUAUGGUCCAGGGAUUGUGCAUAAAGCCAAAAUCGUGUAUUGUCAAAACAGAUUGGGUGCAAUGACUGGUGGAAUUGCCAAAGUCCCCCCCCCCCCCCGCGCCCGGAUGUCCACCUUCUUUCUACCCCCUUUUGAUAUAUAUAUAUAUAUAUAUAUAUAUAUAUAUAUAUAUAUAUAUGGAAGAACAUAAAGCUGAAUGUGCACAAGUUAAAUGCAUGUAAGUUACAAGUUACCUGUAAGUUGCAAGUUACCUAAACGGCCUCGGCCCAGUAUACCUAAAGGAGCGUCUCCACCCCCAUCAUUCUGCAGCCUCCAGAGUAGCUGGGGAAGCCCAGUCAGAUGGGCGGGGUAUAAAUAAUAAAUUACUACUACUACUACUACUAUAUUAUGGGACAGGCUGCUGGGCCUGGGCAAUGUAUUGAUACAUCACCUAGGCCUGGUAUGGGAGCCAGAGUGCGAUGGUGCCUUCUCCUGGCAGUAUAUCAUGGGUGGGGCUUGCCUGCACCUGAAUCCAUCUUCUUCCAGCACCUGGCGGAAGAAACAACCUGCAUUGGCCCCGGCCCUGUGAGGCACCCGGGUGAAAUUGCUGCCGCUCCCACCAAGGGAGCUGAUGCGGUUUCACCCUGGUGCCUCGUGGGGCUGGGACCAUUGAAGCUUGUUCCUCUGCUUUUCAACACUGCGAUGUAUCACUAUGCAGUGGUACCUCAGUUGUCGAUCGCUUAAAAAGUCGAACAUUUUGGCUUUUGAACGCCGACAACCCGGAAGUGAAUGUUUCCAUUUUUGAACACGCCUCAGAAGUUGAACGGCUUCUGUCAGAGGUCACAAAGAGAAAGGGAAAAUAUAUGAAAAUAACAAGAAGAGAUGUGGAAAAUAACAAGAAAGGAUUGGAUAGAAUGGUGAACACUAUUUGGACAGAUCUGUGGACAUUAAAGCAGCAGCAGCAACAAGAGGAUUGAAUCCCUUUCGGAACUUGAAAUAUGGGUACCCCCAACAAAAAAUUUAAAAUUCGGCUUUGUAAUUUGGAAUUUAUGUGAUUUGAUUUGAUUUGAUUGGUCUGUUAAUAAAAAUUAUUAAAAAAAAGAAGAAGUUGAACGGCUUCUGAGGCAUAUUUCUCCAUUUUUUUUCAAUGGGUUUUGCCCACCACCCAUUGCGCCUCGGUUGUCAAAUGUUUCGGAAGUUGAACAAUCGUCCAGAACAUAUUACAUUCGACAACCGAGAUACCACUGUAUUGUGAUGUUUGGCUGGUGAUACAUCACAAUGUUGGAAAGCUGACAACACCUAGCCCUACAGGCUGCAUUGCAAAGCCUUCCUUUCCAUUGUCUACUAAGGCCCAUAAUUUAGCCAAUAAAGAUAGGGAUCAUAAGAUCAUAGAGACACUAUGUGUCUGACCUGACACAAGCAGAGAAGGAGAAAGUGUGGACAAGAGGAAAGGAUAGCUUGUGGUACUAAUCUUGUUUCGUAAUAGCCAGUUAUUUAUCAUCUUGCUUGCUCCCUAAGGCUAGGCAAAUGCCAGAUCUUUAUGUUGUGGUUUACCCAUACAACUUAUAAUAAUAAUAAAUAAUAAAUUUUUAUUUAUACCCCACCCUUCCUGGUUCCUUCCUGGUUCAGAAAACUGGGCUCAGGGCGGCUAACAACAAAUUUAAAACACUUAAUUGUGAUACAAAAAACCCAGCAUAAACUACAGUAUAAAAGGGAGAAUAACAAUAAAUUCAAAGUUCAAAAAUCAAUUUAGGGGAAAAUCCAUCCAAUAAACAUUAGAUGAUCACUAGGGCUAGCUGGCUAAAUUAGUCCUAUUUGGGCCAGCGAGGAGGCCAGGGGAGAAUUAGCUGUGGGAUCCCAGAGUGGGUAAUCGUCAUAAAAAGGGGAGUGGGAAGACUAUAAUCAGAUGAAUGAAAUUAACCUUUGCCCUCUAUUCAGUUCACAUUUCAAGUUAACCUACCUAAUUUGCAUUUUCUGAAACAAUAGGAAAACCAAAAAAAGUCCUCUUUCAAAAGCCACCCUUUUCUGAAUUUUUCAAUGCAGUUCUCCCGCCGAAUAAUGGUUACAAAAGUGAAUUUACUGGGAUAAAAGUGUCCAUUAAAAGGCAUGUGUUCAUGAAAAUAACAUACAAAACUGCAUCAUAUUACAGGAAAUUGUAUUGCAAAAUGUGUAUAUUAAGUAGAAUUGCAUACAAAUGUGAAUAUUAAGAGAAAUUUGUAUUAAAAUGCUGGUGAAUGUCCAUGACGACUUUUUUCAAAUAAAAAUCACAAACUGAUGUGGAAAUAGGGGAAAUUGAACUUAAGAGUGAGAAAAUAAGAAACAGAAAGAAACCAAAAUUGGAAGAUUCACCUAUUCCUACUUCCCAAUGCAAUUAAUUCACUCUAAAAGUUAUUUUUCUUCUUGUAUAAGAAAAUUGUGUGUGUGUGGAUAUAACAAAUUGCAAAUGUGUUGAUCAGUGCCUCUUAAUGCUGCUUUUAUAGUGCUUAAAUAGAUCUAUUUGGUGCACUCUGAGGUCACCAAUAAUAUAGUGGAAAUAACAGAGGAACAUGGGAAAGAGUCCAAAGUUUCUCUGAAGUUUCUUCAGCCUGCUACAGAGAAAACACACUUUCCAGUUGAAAAACAACUUGCCUCUUCAGCAGUGCAAGCACCAAAAUUCCACAGUAUACAUAGUUCUCCACUCGUGAUUAUAGCCUAUUUUCAUAAUGGUCACACAACUCAGAUGCGGUACCAACAAGGAAAAGAAACCCACAAAGAACAAUUAAAAACAGUAGUAUGCAGUACAACAAAGGUUAAAUGAAGGAAUAUGGUGUGUUGAAAAUGAAAGAAGUGGGAUUCAUCACAUUCCUCUUUCUCACUUAGCUUGCAGCAACGUGUAAUGUGGAUCAAUCCCUGUUCAAUGACUGGUACACAGGACACCUAAACUUCCAGAUUGAGCACCAGUGAGUAAAAAUAUACCCUUUUAUGAAUGUAUGUGGGAGAGCCCCUAAUGGAUCACCCCCAAAUCCUGAAUCUUACUUCACACCUGGAAAGACAGGUGGGGGCCAUUAGUGCUUUUUGCACUGCUUAAUAAACUAAACAUUUAAUAGGCUAAACCAGCCUUGGACAGCCAAAUACCCUCCAACAUUUUGAAGCCAAAAUCCAGAGCGCCAUCAUUAUGUGAUUUUGCUCCACGGUUCUGCCCCCCCCCCGAAAAAAACACUUUUCCCAGGCAUAGUACCCAAAAAUGUGUGAGAUCACAACCCCAGAAAAAGUGCUUUUUUAAAAGGGGAAAUCAUGCCGCAAGAGCACAGCAGCCAAAAUGGCCGCCAUUCUCUCGUGAUAAAAAAUGGGAUGUCCCUGUUUUUCUGGGACACUUGCAUGGUACACAGCCACAUUAUCUGAGGCUGAUGGAAGUUGUUAUCCUAAACAUCUGGAGAACACCAGUUCGUGGAAGGCUGAACUGGGCAGGGCUGGGAUGCUUUUGGCUCACGUAAGGUUCUCUGCUAGCUGCUUGACCCCAUUUAUCCCUCUUUUCACCACAGCCUUUUCCCAACGAUGCCUCGCCACAAUUAUUGGAAGGUCACUCCUCUGGUGAAAUCCCUCUGUGCCAAGCAUGGCAUUGAGUACCAAUGCAAGCCCCUGCUCACGGCUUUUGCAGAUAUAUUGCAGUAAGUGUCAAAUAACUGAAGGAGGAUCAGUGAGGUAGGAUCAAUUGGGGAGUGGGGGAAAUCCUACUGGGCUUGGAGCCUACAUGUAAAGUGGAAGCAAUAAACAGCUUAUUCCAGUCACGGCAAGUGCCAGAACAGCUUUCAGUGGGUCCCAAUUGCAACCCUCUGAAAGAUAUCUCAGCAAGGUUAAAAAUGACUGUCAAGGAACCCCCCUGGAACAUUAAGCAAUCCUUAAAUGUUGCAAAGUUGGCUCUGUGAUCACAUGUUGGCUCUGUGAUCACAUGUUCCUACAUGGCUGUGGAGCAGCAGAAGCUCCAGGGAAGUUAUCCUUGGGGUCUGAGGAUGAUGUCACAUCCUUAGGCCAGGAGGAUACAGAAGGGGUUUCUGAAGUUUUCCCUCCCCAAGUCGGGCAACCUGUGAUUUGUCCAAGUCUGAAUCCCCCUCAGUCAGGGCAAUGCUGUGACCCAGAUUUAGAGGACAUGACAGACAGCAGCCCUGGUAGGGUAUGGAAGAGAUAACUCUUGUGAAAUGUUGUGUCUGUGAUUCAUGAGGCCAUUUCCCCCUUUCCCUCUGCAGUUCUCUGAAGAAGUCAGGGGAGCACUGGCAAGACGCCUAUCUCCAUGCAUAA